AUGCCAACACCAUGGAUAUGUCGCACCUGCACAAGAGCAUUGCGUAGGCCUCAAACACGCCAAUUCAUUCGCUUCGCAAGCAAUGAAGCCCUCCUCGCACCAGCCCUCCUCCAACGCGCCCAGUCCUUGACCACCGAACACGACACCCUCCAAAAGAACCUAAACUCCUCCUUCGAUUCCCAAACAGCUAAACGCGUCGGCGAACUUUCCCGCGUGGCAGAAGCCCUGAAAGCAUGGGAAAAGUCACAAUCCAGCGUCAAAGAGCUGACGCAGAUGCUCGACGACGCAAGCACAGAUGAAGACCUCGCCGCGAUUGCACGAGACGAAUUAUCCUCCGAAACAGGCCAGCUUGAAGCAUUAGCUAGGAAACUGGAAGCUAGUCUAACGCCUAGACAUCCAUUCGCUGAGUUUCCUUGCAUGUUGGAGUUCAGGCCCGGACCAGGCGGCUUGGAGGGAAGAUAUUUUAUGGACACGCUGUUCAAGAUGUACAAGGCGCUUUGUAUGCGACGAGGAUACAGACAUACGGUGGUGAAAUACGAAUUUGCGGACGGAGCAGGAGAUUCUUCUAGUUCGGCUGGCGAGAAUCCUCUUCAGGAAGCUAUUCUCGAAGUCCACGACACAGGUGCUUUCGACAUCUUCCGCAGCGAAGCAGGCAUGCAUCGCGUGCAACGCAUCCCCAGCACCGAAACAAAAGGUCGUGUGCACACUUCCGCCGUGGCCGUCUGGGUUUUACCGUCAUUCCCUGAGAACGGCGCUACGAGCAUCGACUUUGACGAUCCGGAGAGUGAUUUCUACGUUAAUCCGCAAGAAGUCAAGAUUGAAACGAUGAGGGCACGCGGUGCAGGUGGACAGCAUGUUAAUAAGACGGAGUCAGCCAUUCGAAUGACGCAUUUACCUACCGGAACAACAGUUUCAAUGCAAGACCACCGAUCACAGCAACGCAACAGGGAAGAAGCAUGGAAACUCCUCCGAUCCCGAAUCGCAGAUCAAAGAAGAGAACAGCGCGAGGAAGAAGCGUCGCAGUUGAGAAACAGUGUUCUUUCCAAGACGCAGAUUACACGAGGCGAUAAGAUCCGCACGUACAAUUACAACCAGGACCGAUGUACUGAUCAUCGUGCUGGGAUUGAUGUGCAUGGUCUUCCGAAUGUGCUGGAGGGUGGUGAGAAGUUGGACAGGAUCAUGGAUGGUGCGAAGGAUUGGUUGGUUGGGAAGGAUAUUGAACUACUUGUUGCAGAGGAGGCGAUUAAGGAGAAUGAGAAGAGCAAGGGAUCAAAAUAG